AUGGCGGACAAGAAGAAGAGAAACGCCGAUGUGCUCCUGGCACGAAAACUUUUGGGGUGCGCAAGUUUCCUCAACCUGCGCCUCUGGACCGAAGACAGCUACCACAUGGGGUUGCCACUAGGGGUUGCCACCACGUGGCAGGCUCGAGAAGUCGAACUCCACAUCCACAAGAUUCUAAACCCGGUCUCUGACCACCAUGAUCUCUACAAGCAGGGCGAGAUUGCAGAUGGCGCCGCUGACUCCGACGCCGCCUUCUGGCCAGACUUCAUGAAGCUCGCUCCCAAACUGUGUCGAUUCGCCAUCACCCCGACCUUGCGAAGCAUAAUCAUGGCCAAUUUUCCCACGCUAUGUUCGACAUCCGCCGCGCCACGUCCCACUUCACCAUUGCUUGCAAGGCCCGAAUGGGGGAGAUUUCGGACAAGUAGCACACUCCUCAUCGAGAGCGUCACUCACCGCUACGUCAACUUGCAAGUUCACUUGAACGACACCACCAAAAGAGGUGGCAAGAAUAGCAAGGGCGGGUCAAACAAGGACUACCUAGGCCAGUUCGGGUUCAAAGCCCCGGACAGCAUCGCGGGUGUUUUAAUCAGCCAAACUCGGGCUGCAAAGGUCAACCUCGCAGCUUAUGAAACGACUAUCGCAGCCGCCUUUAUGAAGUCCUUCGAGACGACGAUGAAGCAGGCUGCAACUACCGAAGGUCAGAAAAAAGCCAAGGUGGUUUUGAUUUGGAACACACACGUGGGUCUUUACAACUAUUAA